AUGAUUGAAGGGAAUGACAAUUUACCCCUGAUCCUGGAGAACCCAGGAUCAGGAGUUUCCCAGCAGUCGUACGGGCUUCUGCGAGUGGGCAACAUUCUGAGAUCCAAGCUGGCAGGGGAUCAGCUGGACAUCAUCUCCAUGGCGGAGACAACCAUGAUGCCGGAGGAGAUCGAGCUGGAGAUGGCGAAAAUUCAGCGUCUCCGGGAAGUCUUGGUCCGACGGGAGUCUGAGCUCAGGUUUAUGAUGGAUGACAUCCAGCUUUGCAACGAUAUUAUGGACCUGAAACAAGAGCUACAGAACUUGGUCGCCAUCCCAGAAAAAGAAAAGACCAAGCUGCAGAAGCAGAGAGAGGAUGAGCUAAUCCAGAAGAUCCACAAGCUGGUGCAGAAGAGAGACUUUCUGGUGGAUGAUGCGGAGGUCGAGCGGCUAAGGGAGCAAGAAGAAGACAAGGAAAUGGCGGAUUUCCUGAGAAUCAAGUUAAAACCUCUAGAUAAAGUAACCAAAUCUCCAGCCAGCUCCCGAGCAGAGAAGAAAGCAGAACCCCCACCUAGCAAGCCCACAGUGGCCAAGACUGGGCUGGCACUCAUCAAGGAUUGCUGUGGGGCCACCCAGUGCAAUAUCAUGUAG